AUGCAAAUGUGCUUUGAUGCAGAGGGAGUUUUAAAAGCCCAUGGAUACGAACUUAUGGCUAAGAUUGGUCAAGGUGCUUAUGGUAGGUGCUAUCGCAUUUUCAGUCCAAAAUAUAAUCAAACAUUUGUAUGCAAGACAAUAGCUCAGAAAUCAUCAUUUGUCCACGAGUUAAAUGCUCUAAUGCAGCUUGACCAUCCUAAUAUUAUCAAGCUUUAUGACUAUUUUUUGCGAGAUAAUAUUUUCUAUAUCAUCUUAGAGGAUUGUGUCAAUGGAAAUAUUAGUGAAUACAUGAAGAAGCAUAAAGUUACCGAAAACCAGACUGUUAAAUGGUGCUACGAAGUAAUUGAUGCACUGAAUUUUAUCCAUAAGCAAGGAAUUGUUCACCUUGAUAUUAAGCCAUCUAAUCUCCUCAUCGAUAAGUACGAAAGAAUUAAGCUUGCAGAUUUUGGUGUUGCUCAACCUUCCGAGAUUAAAUGCGAAAACUAUGUUGGAACGAAAUAUUUCAUGGCUCCAGAACUAUUUUCAUUUGAACCAUAUGACACUUAUGCAGCCGAUGUUUGGUCACUUGGUGUAACCUUAUAUUAUGUCAUUUAUCAACAAUUGCCAUUCAAAAACGAAGCUCAAUGGGAAAUUUUCUUAGAAAGAGGAUUUAAAGAUUUUCCAUCAGAAGUUUGCGGUGAACUUCAACAGUGUAUGAUCAGAUGCAUUCAAAAAGAUCCUAAAAAGAAAGAAGAAAUCGAUCAGAAGCCAAAGAAACCAAACAUUCUCUUGAGCAUGAUGAGAUCUAAGCAGCCUUUCUGCACAUCAAUGCUUAACCUCAAUGUAAGUAUGCGCCCAACUAACUUAUAUUGUUCUAACUCAGAAGCAAGAUUUAAGGGUCCACUGUAA